GGGAGGUCCGGGAACCAGGUACUGCCAUCUGCAAACCCACACUGCAAGGCGAAGGCCAAGCAGGGAAGGGGGAUGAGGUGGGCACCUUUGGGGCAGGCAGCUCCCAGAAACCACAGCCCCGAGCAGGAGCCCUGAGACCCCAGAGAGGGUUGUCACCAACCCCGAACUCUCAAGGCUCCAGAAGUCCCAGGGACACUGGGGACCUUCGAGAGUCCCCCUUCUGUGGGGCUGGCCCUGGUGUUCUGGCAACUCCCAACCCUCAAGCUGUCCUCCACCCCAGGGCGCUGCUCUGUCCGCCAGUGGGUGUGGGCUCCCCCUCUGUCCCUCCACCACCCUCGGCAGCAGCUGUCCACGCCUGGAAGGGUGGGGAGGGAACACCCAGCCGGCAGCAUCCCAAGCUCGGAGAGGGCUCCCUGCUCGCACGCACUCCGCACACCCCAGUGCUGCUCUGCCUCCUUCCCCGGGCACCCAGCUCAGGCGGCUCAGUGUGGGGCCGGCGCUGGGGUGGGCAGAGGGGUCAGCCUGGCAGCCACCGGAGGCUGGACAGCUGGGUCCCCCCUUCUCCCAGGCCUGAGACACCUGAGGUGGAGUUGGCAUUGGAUGAGGCCGUUUGUGAAGUUUUCUGGAAGGUGGGGUGCGCCGGCCAGUGAGCUGUGAGCAGAGCCGCGAGGAAUCGGGCCCGGAGAUGGCUGCGAACGGCUCCUGGGAGACCCAUCCCACCCACAGGAACAAGAUGUAUCCGGGCGUGCUCGGGGCCCCGGAGUUCCACAGCCGCGGCUUCCUGACCAUCGAGCAGAUCGCCACGGUGCCGCCGCCGCCCGUCGUGAACUACAUCUUCCUGCUGCUCUGCCUGUGCGGCCUGGUGGGCAACGGGCUGGUGCUCUGGGUCUUCGGCUUCUCCAUCAAGAGGAGCCCCUUCUCCGUCUACUUCCUGCACCUGGCGGGCGCCGACGUGGGCUACCUCUCCAGCAAGGCCGUGCUCUCCAUCCUGAACACCGGCGACUUCCUGAGCACCUUUUCCCAGUACGUCCGGGCCGUGUCCAGGAUCCUGGGGCUCUGCUCGUUCCUCGCCGGCGUGAGCCUCCUGCCAGCCAUCAGCUCCGAGCGCUGCCUGUCGGUCGUCUUUCCCGCCUGGUACUGGCGGCAGCGGCCCAAGCGCCUGUCGGCGGUGGUGUGUGCCCUGCUCUGGGCCCUGUCGCUCCUGGUCACCGGCAUCCACAACUACUUCUGCGUGUUCCUGAGCCGCCAGGACUCCAGGGCGGCCUGCACGCACAUGGACAUCUUCCUGGGCAUCCUGCUCUUCCUGAUCUUCUGCCCGCUCAUGGUGCUGCCCUGCCUGGCACUCAUCGUGCACGUGGAAUGCCGGGCCCGGCGGCGCCAGCGCUCCUCCAAGCUCAACCACGUCAUCCUGGCCGUGGUCUCGGUCUUCCUUGUGUCCUCCAUCUACCUGGGGAUCGACUGGUUCCUCUUCUGGGCCUUCGGGAUCCCAGCCCCCUUCCCCGAGUACGUCACCGACCUGUGCAUCUGCAUCAACAGCAGCGCCAAGCCCGUCGUCUACUUCCUGGCCGGGAGGGACAAGUCGCAGCGGCUGUGGGAGCCGCUCAGAGUGGUCUUCCAGCGCGCCCUGCGAGACGGCUCCGAGCUGGCCGAGGCUGGGGGCGGCACGCCCAACACCGUCACCAUGGAGAUGCAGAGCCCCUCUGGGAACGCCUCCUGAGAGAUGGGCGCCUGGAGAGGAGGCAGGGACCAGAGGGACCUCCGGAGACCCUUUGUCAGGGACGGGCCUGGGCUGCUGCCCUGGUGCCCGAGUACAAGGAGGAAAGUCUGCUUCCGGCCCCUCGGCCUCCUUCUCCCGGGGCUCGAGGCUCUGUGAGUGACCAAGAGACAGCAGCCGCCUGCAAACAGGCCCUGAGGCCCUGCCAGGCUCCCCCAGGGGUCUCCUGCACCAGCACCCACUGUACAGAGUGUCCCCCAGUGGGGGGCUCUCCUCACCCCAGGCUGGUCUGGGAAGGAGAGGAGGGGGCCGCCAAGCCCUGUCCACCUGCUGCCCCUCUGAGCGCGCCCCCCUUGAAAGUGACGCAGCCAUCACAGCACCGGUGGGCCACCAGCACCUCCCCCGUGGGGCACCUGUUCUCGCCACGCCACCCUCUCGAGGCAGUGUCGGUGGCAGGCCUGAGUGAGCGGAGAGGGUCCGGGGUAGCCUGCCUGUGGCUCGGUCUUUCUGCAGGUGAUGUCCCUGCCCCCUUGAUGAAUCCUUGGUGACUUUCACGGGUGUGUUUCUGGUCCCAGCAGACAGGUGGGGACAGGAGGACCUUCAGCCAGCUCAGAAAGGUCACCCUUCUUUCUGGCACCAUGCCAGCCUCGGCAGCCUUCCGGAGCACACGGCGCGUGCCGGCUGCCGCCCCCUGGGCCUCGGGUGCCUGCAGACCAUCCGGAAGUGGGCACAGGUUCCACCUGGCCACCCAGCCCACCUCCAAGCACAGUGGCCCAGCGUAGCCAAAGGAAGUUUUAUGAAAUAAAUGUAUAUCAAUAAACGUUUUAUAUCUUA